AUGGCCUCCAACAACGCCCACCCUUCCACCAAAGCAUUGCAUGCAGACGAUGCUCUAAAUCUAGUGACUGACGUCGCACCUCCAAUCCACCUCUCUACAACCUUCCGAUACCCCAAUGAUCCAGACCAACUCAUCCCAUCCGAGGAUCCGGUAGAUGAAUUCAACGGCAAGAACUAUGUCUAUUCCCGCGAAUUCGCCCCAAACGCAACCCGCUUUGAAGCAGUGCUCUCAUCCCUAAUAGGCGGUAACGCAGUGAGCUACUCAACAGGUCUAGCCGCUCUACACGCCGCCCUCACGCUGCUCAACCCGCGCCACAUCUCCGUCGGCGAGGGAUACCACGGCAGCCACGAAGUCAUCUCGGUAGUAUCGCGUCUGUCCGGGCUACAGAAAUUCGCCCUCGACUGUCCCGCCGAAAGCCUAGGUUCCGGCGAUGUCAUCCUACUAGAGACACCCGUCAACCCGCUGGGGACGGCGUUCAGCAUCGAGGAAUACGCGCGAAAGGCCCAUUCCCGCGGCGCAUUCCUCAUUGUCGAUAGUACAUUUGCACCGCCUGGCUUGCAGGAUCCGUUCCUGUGGGGCGCGGAUAUCGUCAUGCAUUCUGGGUCGAAGUAUUUCGGUGGACAUAGCGAUCUGCUCUGUGGUGUGCUUGCUACGAAGCGUGGGGAUUGGACGAAGCGGUUGUUUGAGGAUAGAAUCGCUCUUGGGAGUGUGAUGGGGAAUAUGGAGAGUUGGCUUGGGAUCCGGAGUCUGCGCACGCUGGAGGUCCGGGUUCAGCGGGCGAGCCAGAAUUCGGCGAGGUUGAUUUCUUGGCUUCAUGGUGCUAUGCAAACCUCGUCCCCUGCUGUGGAUAGUGAGGAGAUGGUUGUCCAGUCGGUUUUACAGAAGAUUCACCAUGCUAGUUUGCAGGAUGAGCCGUGGUUGCAGACACAGAUGCCUAACGGGUUUGGACCCGUCUUCUCCAUUGUCUUGCGCAAUGAGGAGUUUGCGAAGGUUUUGCCAACUAAGCUUCACUUCUUCCAGCAUGCUACUAGUCUAGGCGGGGUUGAGUCUUUGAUUGAGUGGCGGGCUUUGUCGGAUUCCAGGAUUGACCGAAAGCUGCUGCGAGUUAGCGUUGGGCUGGAGAACUGGGAGGAUCUGAAGGAUGACUUGCUCCAGGCAUUUAAGUCACUUUUGGAAUGA